AUGGUUCUCUCUCGCCGUGGAAGCGGAAGCAUCACCCUCCCCACCGGCCAGACAUUGGCCGUUCACACGAGGACGCAUGAUGAGGAAGAUCUCCCUCAUGCGACCAAGAAGACGAUGGCCGAUCAUCUCAGGAAGUAUGAGAGCGCAUUCACCCUUACACCACAACGGAUGCGCAUGAUUGUGGAGGCGUUCAAGGAAACGCUAGAGGUGGGAUUAGACAAGCCCGGUCAGAUUGUGCCCAUGAUACCUACCUUCGUAUUCGGUUGGCCAACAGGCGAGGAGAAGGGCGAGUUCCUAGCAGUCGAUCUAGGCGGCACCAACCUGAGGGUCUGUCUUGUCACAGUACAAGGCGACGGGAAGUUCGAGAUCACCCAAUCUAAAUAUCGCCUUACCGAGGAACAGAAGCAAGAUGAUGGGCAGAAGCUAUUUGACUUCUGUGCAGAGUGUCUCAAGACUUUCAUCGACACUAGUCUCACAGAACACGGCGGCCUCCAUCUCGCCGCAGGAGAGAAGAUCCCGCUUGGCUUCACCUUUUCGUAUCCCUGCAGUCAAGACCGAAUCGAUCACGGUGUCCUUAUCCGAUGGACCAAGGGCUUCGGAGCAACAAAUACUGAAGGGCAUGACGUUGCUGCUAUGUUCCGUCAGUCCCUAGAAAAAUAUGACGUUCCCGUGGGACUCGAAGCCCUCAUCAACGACACCACUGGCACUCUCAUCGCUUCGCAUUAUGUGAACCCCAAGACGAAGAUAGCUGUUAUUUUCGGGACAGGGUGUAACGCUGCUUACAUGGAGCACGUCAAAGACAUCCCAAAGCUCCAGCCAUUGGGCAUUGAUGGAGGUGAUAUGGCGAUCAAUUGCGAAUGGGGAGCCUUCGACUCCUUUGAACACGAACAUCUCCCGAGAACGAAGUAUGACAUCAUAGUCGACCAAACAUCGAACAAGCCUGGCGAGCAGGCGUUCGAGAAAUUAAUCUCGGGAAGAUACCUCGGAGAAAUCCUACGACUCGUUAUCUGCGAGCUAAUUGACGAGGGUGUACUUUUCCUGGGUCAGAACACGUACAAGCUAGAGAGCCCCUACGUCUUCGAAACUGCCUUCCUAUCUCUAAUGGAAAGCGACCCGACAGAGGAACUCUUAAUGAUCAUUGGCAUCUUCUCGCAUUUCUUCGCGGUAGAGACGACGCUCGCUGAGCGCCAGUUCUUCCGCGCGCUCGCAAAACUGAUCGGGCGGCGAGCAGCCCGUCUUAGUGCGUGCGGUAUCGCUGCAAUCGUGUCCAAGAUGGGGUAUUUGGAGGAAGGGUGCCUGGUUGGGGCCGAUGGGUCCUUGUAUAACAAAUAUCCCGGUUUUGCUGAUAGAGUGCAUGAAGGAUUGGUGGAUAUCUUUGGAGACAAGGGACGGAAUAUCGUCACGCAUCACGCUGAAGACGGCAGCGGCGUCGGAAGCGCCAUCAUCGCUGCCAUGACGAAGAGGAGGAAGGAUGCAGGAAUCUAUCCCAACCUUUAG